UAUAUACCAACCUUUUUCUAGAAAUAAACAAAAUAAUAGCUUUUAAUAACUUUUCUUAAUUCUUAAUUAUAGAUUAAGAUUAUUAUUAAAAGUAAGAAGAAUUCCGUAUCCCGAGUCCCGACUUCCCAUCUCCUCCGCCACGACGAAGAUUUGCCGCAUCCCGACUUCCCGUCUCCGCCACCGACGAUAUCUUCGUGUACCAGGAAUCACCGCCAUCUUCUUGCUAAUCUAAUUUUUUAUAAUUGGCAUUUUCUGUUUAGAGACUUGGAAAAAGUAAGCUAUCGGAAUGAAGGGAGGGAUGAAGUAAUUGGAGGAAAGAAUGGCCGAUGAUUACGGAUCCACGGAGCGGUGGACGCUGCGGUCGCUGUUGGGCGCCUUCCUGGACCUGGCAAUCGCCUACAUCUUCCUCUGCGCCGCCGCCGUCGCCUUCGCCGCCUCCAAAUUCUUCUCCUUCUUCGGCGUCAGCCUCUCCGCCUCCUCCUCCUUCUCCUGCCAGCACUGCCCUCCUCCCUUCGCCCUCCGCCCCACCCCCGCCGACUGCAACCGCUGUCCCCCAGCCCCGUCCGGCCGGUCGUCGCGAGCGACCUCUUCGCGGAGAGCCCUAAUCCUUUAUAAUAAUAAUAAUAAUAAUAAUAAUAAUAAUAAUACCGUGAAAGGGGCAGCCGGAGGAGAGGAGAAGCCGGUCGUCGUCCUCCGCCAUCGCCGCCGCCGGCACCGGAGGGCUUCUUUGGCUUCCAGCAGCAGGGACGACUUGUCCGAAUCGGAUUCGGCACCGCCGGCUCCGCUGCCCCCUCUUCGUUUGGGCUGGAAAAGAGAGGAAACCCCCAUCCCUAUCGCAUACCCUGAACAAUAUGAUAAUUCAGUUGGUGAUGAACAAGAAAUCGGUGAUCGUCGCGCCAGAUGCUUUGGAUUAGAAAAUGAUGCAUUUAAUCAGGAACAUUGCGAUUUGACAAUUGAAGAAUUGAGGCGGGCAAUCGAGGAAGAGAGGGCGGCGCGUGCCGCGCUGAGCCGUGAGCUGGAGAAGGAGCGCAGCGCUGCUGCCAGCGCAGCGGACGAGGCCAUGGCGAUGAUGCAACGCCUCCAUAAGGAGAAGGCGGCUGUUGAGAUCGAGGCCAGACAGUACCGCAGGAUGGUCGAGGAGAAAUCCGCAUACGAUGGGGAGGAGAUGGCGACGCUCAAGGAGAUCCUCGUGAGGCGGGAGAGAGAGAAGUAUGUUCUGGAGAUGGAGCUCGAAGAGUAUCAGCAGAUGAUGAUGAAUAACACUGGCAGUGGUGGUGGUGGUGGUGGUGGUGGUCGUUGUGAGCAGUCGCAGGACUCCUCUCCGCUCACGAGGAAGCCGAGCGCUUCGGUUGAUUCGCUGGACCGUGAUGCAAUUCUUCAUGGGACUUACGAGUCCGUCGAAAAGAGCAGCGGAAUGGAUACAGAGAUGCUUUCUUCUCGGAGCCCACCGGAGGAUUACUCUCAGGAAUGUUGCUGCUGUGAUAUAAGCUUGCAUUCGAUCAAUCAAGAUGGCGGUGCGACAGAUAAGGAGGUUGCUGGAAGUGACGGGCAUGUUUAUGAUGUGCAUGUCAUUGAUGAUGAUAAGAUGAGUUUGGAUGAUGAUCAGAAUGUUAAGCAUCUGAAACCUUCUCAUACAGAAUCCGGAUCAUCUGAAGCUUCGACGGUCGAGCAAUCGUCUGCUACUUCGGUCAUCAGGCCGACAGAAAUGGAAGAUCUGAGGGGGAGCUCAUUAUCUUUCAUUGAUACGGAGAAAUUGGCGCUUGAAAAAGAAGUUGCGCUCUUAAGGAAAAGGCUAGAGGCCAUACAACAAGGAAGAGAAAAGUUGCGCUUCCCGUUAGACCGAACAGAGGAGGAGACCCUUCGCCUACAAAUUCUGAAGGAAAUUUCAUACCAACUUGAAGAAAUCAACAAGUCAACAGAGGCUGGAGAAGCCACACUCCACAUUUCGAAGAUCAGCUAGCAGGAUUUGUGUCCGAGAAGACUGAAUGUCGUUCCAACCAUAUGAGCAUCAGUUGACAGGCAUUUGGUAAAUCUUUCGCUAUCCCUCUCUUGUCAGGUGAAAGCUUUGUGAACAUCAGCCAAAGAAAAAAAAAAAAAAAGAAAAAAAAGAAAGAAAGAGACCUUAAUUGCUAACCUGCAUUUCCGGUAAGUGAUAAAGACAGAGCAUAUAGGAGUGGAACCAUCCGGGGGGGCUUCCGAGCAGGUUACAGUCUUUUUUGAAUUGGUUUCUUUUUGGGAUAGUUGUACGUAAUUGUUUUGUUCUCUGUCAUGUUUGAGUUGGUGCAGCAUUUGGUAAAAUCUAAUGCUCUCACUUGUGAUGCAUUCUGAUUUUGGUUGCUUCCUUGUGUUUCUCAUGGGAAAACUCUGUACAUUUUGCAAAAAAAAGAGAUUCGCAUUCUGUAUAUGUAAAACUAUUACAAAACCAGUUCAUGUAUAUCACAGAAUUUUAGAUUAGUUAGAGGCGGUUGUACAGAUUGUUAGUUUUUAUUAAUCUAUAAUAAGAGGAACCAGAUAACUCUUUUGUUGUAA